GUAUCGAAGCCACUGACCUGUCCAGCUUGCUGGAGCAGUUUGAGAAGUCUGAAGCCAAGAAGGAGGAGGCUCCCGUGCAGCCCCCCGAGGACCGGCAGCCAGCGGGGAGCUCUGACCCGCAGGCCCCCGCCGAGGGCGGCUCCCGCUGGAACGUCAAACACCACUGGGACAUCACUAUCAAACCCAUCUCCUCUUUAACCAAACGGACGCUGGACCAGCCCAAGCCCACCCCGCAGGACCCCCCCACCACCGUGGGGCCCAGCCAGGAGCCCCAGGGGACAGCCUGCCAAGCCCCUCUGGAUUAUCGGACUAGCGUCCCCAACAAGGCCACCGCCGGGUGCAGCAGCCCCCCCACCUCUGUGCUCCUGUCUCCAGCCGCGUCCCCCUGCCGGGACCAGGAGCUGCGGACUCCCAGCGCCCAGCCCAGCCAUGCUGCUGCCAAGAGGUCCCUGCGCUGCUACCGGAGACCCCAGGACUCGCCCAGCCCCUCUGCCAGCAGCUGGAGGGCUGGUCGGAGCCGUGCCAGCCGCUCUUUCAGCUCCAGUUCGGAUGGAGCUAGCGAGUCCUCAUCGUCAUCUUCAUCCUCGUCUUCCCGGUCACGGUCAUUCUCCCCACCACCCAAGCGGUGGCGAAGGUACCACUCAAGAUGUUCUCACCGAUCCUCCUCCCGCUCCAGCUGUGGGUCGUGUGGCAGGUCCCGGGACAGGUCCUCAUCCUCAUCGUCAACGUCCUCCUACUCAUCCAGGUCUACAUCCCGCAGCCAGUCCCGGUCCCGCUCCCCCUCGCCUCGCAGGAAGAGUAACAGGCGGAGAAGAUACAGUUACGAUGCACAGGACCACUACCAAAGGCAGAGGAUCCUCCAGAAGGAACGUGCAAUAGAGGAGCGGCGAGUUGUGUUCAUUGGCAAGAUCCCCAGCAGGAUGACCCGGUCGGAGCUGCGGCACCGCUUCUCUGUGUUUGGGGACAUCGAGGAGUGCACCCUGCACUUCCGCUCUGAAGGGGAUAAUUAUGGCUUUGUCACCUACCGCUAUGCUGAGGAAGCCUUUGCUGCUAUUGAGAGCGGGCACAAGCUGCGGCGCCCAGACGAGCAGCCCUUCGAUCUCUGCUUCGGCGGCCGCCGGCCGUUCUGCAGAAGGAACUAUGCCGACUUGGACUCAAACCGGGAGGAUUUUGACCCAGCCCCUGUCAAGAGCAAGUUUGACUCCCUGGACUUCGACACGCUGCUGCGGCAGGCACAGCGCAGCCUGCGGAGGUAGCGGCAGGCGAGGCGGAGCGCCCGCCCCUGCUUUUUUACUCAAAUACAAAAGACAAAAAAGUAUGGAGAGAGAGAGAGAGAGAUGAGGUUUU